AUGAGGAGAUCCGCUGUGUUGGCUCUGAUCUGCUGUCUGGGAUGGAUUGAGCUGACGGAGGCUCAGUUUCCUCGCGUCUGCUGCACCGUGGAGGGAAUCCGGUCCAAAGAGUGCUGUCCUGCGCUGGGAUCAGACCCGGAAAACGUGUGCGGAAUUCUGUCCGGCCGGGGAAACUGCAGCGACAUUCACGUGGACUCCAAACCCUGGGGAGGACCGUACAGACUGAGGAACGUGGACGACCGGGAGAACUGGCCGACGAAAUUUUUCAACCGGACCUGCCGAUGCUUUGGUAACUUCGCAGGUUAUAACUGCGGCGAGUGUAAGUUCGGCUGGACGGGGCUGAACUGUGAUCAGCGUAAAGCUCCCAUCGUGAGGAAGGACAUUCACUCUCUGAGCGCCGACGAGCUGCAGGAGUUCCUGAGCGUUCUGGAUCGGGCCAAAACCAGCGUCCACCCGGACUACGUGAUCGCCACGCAGCACUGGCUCGGCCUGCUGGGGCCCGACGGCACCGAGCCGCAGUUCAGCAACGUCUCCAUAUACGACCUGUUCGUCUGGCAGCACUACUACUCCGUCCGAGACACGCUACUAGGUCCAGGACGUCCUUUCAAAGCCAUCGACUUUUCCCACAAGGGUCCGGCGUUCAUCACCUGGCACAGAUAUCACCUGCUCAGCCUGGAGAGAGAGCUACAGAAACUCACGGGUAACGAGAACUUCGCCGUGCCGUACUGGAAGUUCGCGACGGGCCGGGCGGAGUGUGACGUCUGCACUGACGCUCUGCUGGGAGGACGAGACCCCGCGGACCCGUCCCGCAUCAGCCCCGGAUCCAGGUUCUCCCGCUGGUCCGUGGUGUGUGACAGUCUGGAUGAAUAUAAUCGUCUGGUGACCCUGUGUAACGGCACUAGCGAGGGAUCCCUGCGCAGGGGACUCGUGCAGAGCGCUAAUGUGACGUUACCGAGCAUGAACGACGUCAGGAGCUGCCUGAACCUGCCGGACUUCGACAGCCCGCCGUACUUCACCAACUCCUCCUUCAGCUUCAGGAACGCUCUGGAAGGAUACGAGCGGCCGGACGGUGAGCUGGACGCUUCGGUGUCGAACCUGCACAACCUGGUGCAUCAGUUCCUCAGCGGCACCAGCGCUCUGUCCCACUCCGCCGCCAACGACCCCAUCUUCCUGGUGCUUCACGCAUUCACCGAUGCCAUAUUUGAGGAAUGGAUGAGACGUUCCCGUGAAAACGCCAGCUUUCCGGAUGAGAUGGCCCCUAUCGGACACAACCGGCAUUAUAACAUGGUUCCCUUUUUCCCACCCGUGACCAACGAGGAGAUCUACGUCGCAUCCGAACAGCUGGGAUAUUCCUACUCCAUUGAGCUCGAAGAGACGGACAGCGGGCCGGCCGUGUUUGUUCUGGGAGGAACUCUGGGAGGAAUCUUCCUCGGGCUUCUGCUGCUGCUCCUGUUCCUCCAGCGGAGACGACGACGGCAGUUCCAGCCGCUCCUGAACGCAGAGUUCACCAACACGAAAUACACCGAGGAAGCUUGACCACAUCAUCACGGCUCCGUCCCGAAUCCCGACAGACGGAGGAAACGCUCCACGAUGAUUAAAACACGCUGUGAAUCACAAACUGACGAGAGAAGAGAAUGAUUUUAUCUGCUGAAUUAUAUCAGCUGCUAUGAAAUGAAAUAGAAAGAUGUUUAUAUACACUUCAGAAGUGUGGGGUUUGUAUUUUUUUUUUAAAGAAAUUAAUACUUUUAUUCAUCAAGGACGCAUUCAAUUGAUCAAAAGUGACAGUAUAAUGUUAUAAAAGAUUCUGUUUCACAUAAAUGCUGAACUUUC